AUGACGGGCAACCUUGACAACGACCACAACUUCGGUUUGGAAGAAAGAACCCCACUUCAAAAUAUGAAUGCCACAUCAAAAGAUGUGCCUCAAAACAAGGGUGACAAGCAAUCUCCAAACACUGAAAUUUUAAAUGCCCUCUGUGAACAGCAGAAUCGCCUCAAACAGCUCGAACAGGAGGCCGAACAUCAGCAGAAAGCCGAGAGAGACCUCCGGAGGGAAACGAGACACCGCCAAGAUUUAGAGGAAAAACUCACAAAGCUCGAGGCCGAUCUCAGAACCAAAACUACUCAUUCCAGUCAUGAAGAUAACUCCCAUAAGGAUCAAGAUCUAUUUACUAAAGAGAUUAUGAAAACUAAAGUCUCAAAGAACUUCGAAGCUCCUGACAUGACCCCAUAUGAUGGUACAUCUGAUCCAAGUCAUCAUCUCAGCAAUUUCAGAAGCAGGAUGUAUCUCACAGACGCCUCAGAUGGCUUGUUGUCGUCGCCGUUCUGCCACCGCCAGGCUACUGUACCACCGCUGAGGAUCUCGAAGGGAUGUCUCGCCGCCGUUGUGCUCUGUCGCCGCGCUGCUGUCGACUGGAGCUCGCCGCUGAGCUGCUGCACAGUCUCCAAGCCGUUGCGUCACCGCUCAUCUCUUCUUCACCAUCGCCGCUCAUCACCAUGGUUGUAUCCUCUGUCACCAGAUAUAAAAUCAGGACAUGGAUUUGUUGUUGGAGAUGAAGGGUGCAGGCAGGACAGUGACAUUCAGAAAGUUAAGCUUUCAAGGGAGGCAUUGACACAGCUCUCCAAGUUAGUUGAGUCCAGAGUUAGUACAGGUCUCGAUACGAUCUUAACACUAUUCUAUUCCUUUUGGAAUUGGGGCUGCUACCAGGUUAGAUUAAAUACUAUCUACCAUAAAUCUUCUAUUUGCAUAUCUAGAGGCUGUGGAUGGCAGCACCUUGGGCCUUUCAUAAAUCUAGGAGCAUUCUACCUAUGUGGGAUUUCACUUGCUGCAACAUUGGCAUUUUGGGUCAAAUUAAGAGGUAAAGAACUUUGGAUUGGUAUGACCAUCUUUUCUAAGUUUAAACAGCAUCCUCCCCUUCUCCCUGUAACUCAUAUUUGUCAAUUUGCACCAGGUUCCAUUUUUUUCUAAUCUUGUAGCUGAUGAAGUCUCUAGGUUAAUUUUAAUUUUGUUUUUUAGAUUUUGUAUGAAUUUAAUUAGACUUGAAUUUUUAGGUUUAACUUAGUUUGAAUUAGGAUUUCAAAUUAGAAUUAGCUUUAGUUAGUGAACUUUGAACAUGUUAUUCUAGUUCUUGAGUGUUGUAUUGUUGAUGGUUUGGAUAAUAAUUCUUGAUUUAUUUUAUGUGAAAGCU